AUGGCCGCGACAGAGCCUGUUAGCCCAUAUGCCAACUCUCAAGUCCCCAUUACUGCUGGUGAAGGCACCGACAGCAUCUACACAGCGGACGUUCGGAUGAGCGGCGACGAAACCAGACAACACGUCGGCCAGAUCAGCGGGCAACGAAUGUGGGACGUUGUUCACAAGCGCUUGCUCGAGAUCUGUCCCUACGAGCGUGGCCCUAUUGGCUGCUACGAGGAUAUGCCAGGCGCAGGUCUUCCUGAGAAGGAUGGCAAGAUGAAGCAGAGCUAUUACAGCGAAUGCGUCAUCAGUAAGGUUCCGUACAAGACCAAGAAAGGGGAGUAUGCAUCAAAUGCCAGACUCACUGUCAAAGCACGAGCGACCUUCCGCGACGCAAAGUACCCAGGCCUGGGUGCAGCAACGGUGAGUAGAGCUAUGACAGGAUCAUCUUUACUUACUGACACUCCCACAGAUGAGAUGGCUGCGGGUGUAUACGCACAGGUGACCGAGAACAAGGCCAACUGCUACAACUUAGCCUUUAACGAACCUUCCAGGCCCUAUGAGUUCUGCAACGUCCCUAGGUACGUGUUAGUGGCACUGCCUACAAAAGGGCCUGUCACCGACUCGUGGUUGAGUAUCGAGGUCGUGUUUAGCGGCCUGGCAGACCAAGGCACGCUCGACUGCCCAGGGUCGAAGUCCGGCGUCACUGACUUCUGGGAGACUGCUGUCCGUCCAGAUAUCGCAAAGCUCAUGGUUCAUCCGGAGGGUCAAUGGGAUACGCGAACAGCUUGUGAGGAUAACAAGGACUGCUUCGACGUCGAGAAGUGGCGCGAUUGUAAUUGA